AUACUGCGUGGUUCUCACCGUGAGGCUUUGGGGCGCUUUAAGAAGGCAGUUAGAGACAAAGCAAAGUGGAAUUUCUCACCUCCUGCGUACAAUUUUUUUCACACAAUCAACACGCCAAGGUCAGGAGCGCGACCCGGUGAGGGAGCUAUGCGAGCUUUAAUUAGUGGUAUGGACUGAAGGACAACAGCGAGGAGCGGCUUCUGUCUCCAAGUAAGACCUCCAACUUUCAUGCUUCAUCUAAGACUUUUAUGAACUUUGAAAACAGACGUGCCUGCAGAGCAGAGUUUGGAUUUCUGCGGCUGUUUGGCGCACUUUUACGCACGCCUGCACACCUGCCCGCACGCCGCUCGAUAUGACCGAGUGAGAAACUUUUGAAGCCGGGCCAUGCUGCGGUGACUAAAGCUGCAGAAGGAGACGGCUGACGGUUGGAGAAUAAGUCUGACCACAAUAAUAAUAAUAUUUAAAAAAAAAAAAAACAGAGGGCAGUAAAUCAGGGGGAGAGUGCUCUGCAAAGUGAAGCGAGGACAACACAAGCUGGUGUCUCCGAAUUCAGCGGGCUCCAGUUUCAGCCGUUCCAGGGGCUCCUGCUAUUAAAGCCUUCAUCUGACCCGGGAUAAGUUGUCAACAAGAGCUGCGAGCGGAGGCGAACUGGCAGGUGUACAAGUUCAUUUACAUGCAGACGUAUAUUCACCCCGCUAUAUAUAGAAGUGGCCUGUGGAACGAACAGCCUUAAUAAGUUUCUCCUCCCACCCACCGGGCCUGCAGCGGUUCCACGCACCGGGCGUGUGCGUGUGCCUAUAUAUACACCAUACAGGCUUUUAAUUCCCUCCGCAAUCUGCCCGCUGUCGGUUUGGCUGGGAGGCCAGGAGUCGUCGCAUGGACUGACAUGGCCACCGACCUCGCCAUGAGCGCGGAGCUGCCUAACAGCCCUCUGGCCAUCGAGUACGUCAACGACUUCGACCUGAUGAAGUUCGAGGUGAAGAAGGAGCCGCUGGAGGCCGACCGCUUCUGCCAUCGCCUCCCGUCCGGCUCUCUGUCCUCCACCCCGAUCAGCACACCCUGCUCCUCCGUGCCUUCCUCGCCCAGCUUCUGCGCUCCGAGUCCGGGCGCGCAGCCUAACCAGGGCCUCCCCGGCGGCGUCAACGGCGGCGGCAACAGCAACAACAACAACAGCAGCGGCAACAACAAUCACGGCAACGCGGGCAAGCCUCAGCUGGAGGACCUGUACUGGAUCCCCAGCUACCAGCACCACAUCAACCCGGAGGCGCUCAACCUGACCCCGGAGGACGCAGUGGAGGCCCUGAUCGGCAACGCGCACCAUCACCACCACCACCACCAGGCCUACGACGGCUUCCGCGGGCAGCAGUACGUCGGGGAGGACCUAUCCGCGGCUUCGGCAGCGCACCACCACCAGGCCCACCACCACCACCAUCACCACCACCACGGCCACCACACCCGCCUGGAGGACCGCUUCUCGGACGAGCAGCUGGUGAGCAUGACGGUGCGGGAGCUGAACCGGCAGCUGCGGGGCUUCAGCAAGGAGGAGGUGAUCCGCCUGAAGCAGAAGCGGCGCACCCUGAAGAACCGCGGCUACGCGCAGUCCUGCCGCUUCAAGCGCGUCCAGCAGCGGCACAUGCUGGAGACCGAGAAGUGCACCCUGCAGAACCAGGUGGAGCAGCUGAAGCAGGACGUGGCGCGCCUCGUCAAGGAGCGGGAUCUGUACAAGGAGAAGUACGAGAAGCUGGCCAGCCGGACCUACAACUCCGGCGGGCCCGCGAACACGAGAGAUCCGUCCGGGAAGCAGGCCGGCGCCGAUUUCUUCAUGUGAGAGACGUUGCCGCCCUCACCCCCCCACACUCUUCUGACUCUAAUCGAUACUUUUCUGAUUUGUGUUUACAGUUAUUCCUCAACAACGACGACAACAAAAAAAAAAAACAUACCUAAAAUCUCAUCUUCUUGACAAAUAAAGGUUAGAUGCGCACAAGCGUCACAUCUGUGAGUCUUAAAGAUGUUUAACUUCUGUGAGUCCACAACAAACAAGUCAGGUCGGCACAUGGGAUCACUUUGGGGCUGCAGACUCUUCUCCUGUCAGAAGUCUUAUGAACCAAUGACUGUCUUAAUCCAGAGAGAGCGCCGGGUUUGUGUUAGAACCAAGCAGCAGCACAGACUGCAGGAGGAGAAUGCGCUGUGAUGGAGAGACUCUCGGUACUGCAAGCGUAAUAGUUCUUCCCCCCCAUCCUUUUGCAACCCUGCAUGCAGGACAUGUAUGGUAACCUCCAGCCAAACCCCUCCACAUAUGUAUGGAAAGCAUGACCCAUGGGUUCCCCUCAUCCAUACAUCCCUCCUUCUGUCAUCAGUAAGGCCUGGUAUGCCCCCCCCCCCCUCUCCUUCCCCCUCCUCCACCAUGAGAGGUGCAAAGAACUUCGGACUGAAAUGCAAAAACAAUCUGCUUCACUGCAAAACACAUGGAUGCGUCUCUAACUGCUUUUUUCAAUCAGUUUUUUCUAUUGUUUUAAAAGGAAAAGAAAAACGACAAAAAGAGAUUACCUGAGCCAGAUUUUAGACUGUAUUUAUUUCCACCUGUAUAUAACGUGUAGAGAGAGGGGAAAAAAAGACGAGCAAGGUGAUCUGUGUUAUUUUACCCCCUCGCUCUCUUUUUAAGGCUUUUGUUGCUUGGAUUCUUCGGAAAUGUCUUAAUCCAAAUGUUUGUAUGUUACAGCAUGCAAAUUGUCUGUGGUAUCCUCCUCCUCCUGCUGAACAUGUUGAAACUGCACUAAAGAGCAAACUGGAGAAAUGUUUUGUUUUUGUUUUGUUUUCGUUUUUUAAAAAAAAACUGGAUGUAAAUUUGAUUUAAAGGAAGGAAAAGGACUGCUGCUAAAACUCUAUGCACCAAUCUGAAGAUUAAAGACUUAAUGAUUUAUUUUUUUUCUCUCGCGCUCUCUGUUUUUUUUAUUUUAUUUUAUUUUCAUUUUUAUUUUCAUUUUCAUUUCUAAUAAUGGAAAAUGUGGCGUGGGCCUGCGGGGUUUCCCUGCAGCCUGCGGUGUCUUAAAGCGAUCUGAAUGGGGAGGAUGCUUGAUUGUUAGGAAAAUAAACGGGACAUUUUGCCUGGUGGUAUAAGUACACGCUGACUGGCCCAUCAUUACUUUGUCAACAAGUUUUAUGUGUUAUCUGCUGCCUGGAUAUAUGUGCGGUGCUGUGCAGAAGCGCUCUGGUUCUUUGGUAAAAUGAAACAUUUUUGUAGAUUUUCCGACAGAACUCUACCAAACAAUAAAAAAAAUGAAUAAAUAAAUAACAUCUCGGCUAAUUAAAAUCGUUUUUGUUUUUUUGUUUUGUUUUUGUUUUUCUUUUUUUGGAAAAUGUCCUUCGAAAUUAGUUGAAUUUGAAUAAUGCUGAUUGGACCUGCUCUAGACUCAGACUUCUGCACAGGGCUGCCGGUGUAUAUCUGUACAUGUGAUUUCUAUAUUUAUCCAACGGACCUGUCCUGACGCGUCAACAAGUGGGAAAAAUCUGCAAAGUGGAAAAAAGUUGCUGAGAAACUCUUGUUUUCAUAAUGUUUAAUAAAAAGUUUUUUGUCCCAA